UGAUGGAUCCUUUAUUGUAUUGUACUGUACCCGGUUUUUGGAAAAAAAAACGACAAACAAUACAGAACGUAUCGAAAGUGCCUUGUCAAUUGGCAGACAAAACCCAGCAUGCACAGGCCACAUAAAACCCCACUCUUAAACCUUUUUUUUUCGCUUGUGACUCUGACAACUUCACUAAAUUCCACGGUGGGCUUUAUGAAAGGCUUAUUUAGUACAUAGUUCUCUAUACUUCUGUAUAACUUGUAGAGAGCUCUUUUAAGCCAACGAGAAGUCUGAGAAGAGCUAUAGGAUUUAUAUACAGGGAGACCACCUAUUUGAAUUUUUAUACGUUAUUGUAUUGAAUGGCUAAAUCGUGUGGAUUGAGCUUUUGUGGUGGAGAGAGCAUUGUACAAAGACAAAAACUAGGCUUAUUGAGAUCGACAAAGGAAAUUUCAUGUAUUGGGACAAGCAGAUCUAUAGCAUCAUCACAAAAGGCAGUACUAAGUAAUGCAAGUAUUUUCAGUCAGUGUAAUUUCAGAAGUUUAUCAGCAACACAGCCUAUUUGUUCUGACUUCAUUUCUUCUCCAGUAAGCAUCAAUUCUGGAACUAUUUAUCGAAACAACAAAAACAGGUUAAUCAUAUAUGCUACUUCAAAGCCUCUCAAUACCCAUGCCUAUGCUGAUGAUUCUUGGCCUUUAAAGAAAAAAGAUAGCUUUCAGACAGUGGGGGAUAUAUUCAAUGCAUUUUAUCGUUUCUCACGGCCACACACAGUUAUAGGAACGGUAAUAGGAAUAGUUUCUAUUUCUCUUCUGGCUAUUCAAAGUCUGUCAGAUUUUUCUCCAGCAUUUUGGAUUGGACUUUUACAGGCGGUAGUACCAGCUCUUUGCAUGAAUAUUUAUAUUGUGGGGUUGAAUCAACUGUAUGACAUUGAAAUUGACAAGAUCAACAAGCCAUACCUUCCACUUGCUUCUGGUGAAUAUUCUUUGAGAACUGGUGUGGUGAUCGUAGCAGCCUUUGCUUGCUUGAGUCUUGGUAUUGGAGUAAUAGUUGGAUCAGCACCUUUACUUUGGGCACUCUCUGUCAGCCUAGUCCUUGGAACUGCGUAUUCAACUGAUCUUCCAUUUUUAAGAUGGAAACGAUCUGCUGUUGCUGCUGCAAGUUGCAUAUUAUGUGUGAGAGCGAUUGUAGUUCAACUUGCUUUUUACUUGCACAUGCAGAGUUUUGUAUACAGGAGAACAGCAAUUUUAACCAAGCCUUUGAUAUUUGCUACAGCUUUCAUGUGCUUCUUCUCAGUUGUGAUAGCUCUUUUUAAGGAUAUACCAGACGUGGAUGGAGACAGAAUCUUUGGCAUUCAAUCAUUCAGUGUUCGUUUGGGUCAGGAGCGGGUCUUUUGGCUUUGUAUAUAUUUACUGCAGGCUGCAUAUGGUGUUGCUAUCGUUAUGGGUGGUGUUUCUUCAUUUAUGUGGAGCAAACUUGUGAUGGUUUUGGGUCACUCUAUACUAGCUACAGUUCUUUGGAUUCAAGCAGUAUCUCUAGACCUGAAGAGCAAAGCAGCUAUAACCUCUUUUUAUAUGUUUGUUUGGAAGCUUUUCUAUGCAGAAUAUAUGCUAAUUCCGUUUAUGCGAUGAUGAAGUCAAAAAUCUACAAUGCUUUAUCUUUUAUAUUGUAUUCAAUGGAGAUUUAGAGGUUAUUGGGUGCUCAUGUAGCAUGCCAAAAUAAUUCACCUUAUUAAGAAGGUCGUCAGGCAAGUUUUUUGUAAGUUCUACAGUAUAAAAGACAAUAAGAUGGCAACGAAUAUGUUUCUGGUGGCUAGUUGAAGGCAUUCUUUCCAAUUUGUUGUGAACGAAUGCAGUGUUUCAACUUGCGAUUCCUGGAAAUCCAUCUUUGGAUAAUUGGUCACAAAGGGCAGAGCUCAUUUAGAAACAAAACUAGUAGCCAAGACCAUUUGGUCUCAUUUUAGCAUUUUAUUAAUGUACUCCAUUUGUUAUCUUGUAUAGAUAUAAAUAUUUAAAUUUCAUGGUUCCAUCUUUUAUAUUUCCUUUC